UUACUGUGUCAUCGUUCGUCUCGUGCGACUUAUCUCGAUUUUCCUCGCGCUCGGCGUGAUUUCUAUCCCGGUCUCCGCCGCAGAAUCCUCGUUCAGUUUCCCGCGAGGCGCCCGUUCCGCUGUUUUCCCAUAGCUCGAGCGACGGAAGAGUCUCGUCAUGGGUCUGGUGUGCUCGACGGCGCAGCUCGCGUGCCUGUGUGGAAGCACAGCCUGCAGCUUCUGCUGCUCGCAAUGUCCCUCGUGCAGGAACAGCACGAGCACUCGCAUCAUGUAUGCGCUGCUACUGCUGCUGGGCACCAUCGCAGCCUGCAUCACCCUGGCGCCCGGUCUGCAGAGUGCCCUCAAGAAGGUACCAUUCUGCGCAAACAGCACCCACUACGUCCCAUCUGAGGUCACUCUCGACUGCGAGUCUGCGGUUGGUUACUUGGCGGUUUACAGGAUAUGUUUCAUCCUCUCGCUGUACUUCUUCCUGAUGUCCGUGAUAAUGAUCAGAGUAAAGAGCUCACGGGAUCCGCGAGCGCCCAUACAAAACGGAUUCUGGGCGAUCAAGUAUCUCUUGAUAAUCGGCGGGAUCAUCGGCGCUUUCUUCAUCCCGGAGAAGUCAUUCGGGUCCACUUGGAUGUACUUUGGGAUGCUGGGUGGUCUCCUCUUCAUAAUUAUCCAGCUGAUCCUGAUCGUCGACUUCGCUCACUCGUGGGCUGACGCGUGGGUUGGGAAUUAUGAGCAGACCGAGUCGAAAGGAUGGUACGCCGCGCUACUGGGUGCGACUUUCUUCAACUACGCCGUUGCUACCGCCGGAGCGGUGUUGCUCUACGUAUACUACACACACGCGAACAUGUGCGGCCUCAACAAGUUUUUCAUCUCGUUUAAUCUUAUCUUGUGCAUCAUUGUCAGUGUCGUAUCGAUUUUGCCGGCUGUGCAAGAACACCAGCCGCGUUCCGGGCUUCUGCAAUCCUCGGUGGUGAUGCUGUACGUGAUGUACUUGACAUGGAGCGGUAUCUCAAACAGUCCAGACCGCGAUUGCAAUCCCGGCUUCCUCGGUAUAAUCUCUGGUAACGACGUUAACGCGCAGAACCGCGUCGCCUUCGACAAGGAAAGCAUCAUCGGGCUCAUCAUCUGGUUCAGCUGCGUUCUGUACAGCUCGUUGCGCUCGGCGUCCAAUUCGUCGAAGCUCACCAUGUCUCAGAACAUGUUGGUGCAGGAUAACGGAGCUGUCAGGAAUACGGGAGAGCAGUCUCUCAUUGGCAACGAAGAUUAUACUGCAGUAGAAGGUCGCAAUCCUGACGCGGAGGCUGGGAACGACGCGAAAGUAUGGGACAACGAGGAGGAGAAAGUGGCGUACAGCUGGAGCUUCUUCCAUCUCAUGUUCGCUCUCGCCACUCUGUACGUCAUGAUGACGCUCACGAACUGGUACAAGCCGAACUCCAGCCUGGACACGCUGAACGCGAACAACGCUUCGAUGUGGGUGAAGAUCAUCUCCUCGUGGAUGUGCCUGGGUCUCUACGUGUGGUCGCUGGUCGCGCCCGCCGUGUUCCCGAACAGGAACUUCUCUUAAGUCCGCCCUCCUGUCCUUCCGGUCGGCGAGCGGAGCGCCAGCGGUCUGUCUGUCUGUCUGUCUGUCAAACAGGUAUUUCUCGAUACUGCAAGAUUAACGGCAAAGUAGUACGACAGCAAGCCAAACGUGAUACCUGGAUGUUUAAAUGUAAUCUGGAAAUCUUAUGUUACAGAGACAUUCUCUGCUUAUGAUCUAACACUGAAACGCAUUAACCCGCGAUCACCCGCGCCGAGCAAUGCGAUUUUUUCAGACGUUGCAUAUUAAACUUUGUGUGCGAGAAAUAGACGUUCCGCGCGGGUUUGCUUCCUCGAUGACCGCGUCCACGUUGCGCGCGGAACAACACGCUGCAUGUAACUUUAGUCUCGAGCCCCCUCAUUGAUCCCGUCAGUCCCUCUGACAAGCUACGGCUCUGUGCAGAUCGACUUAACUUUCAAUCCGUACGUAGCGAGCUUCAUUAUAGGAGAUUAACAGUUGCGUUGUCGUUAUAUGCUUUAUAUAUCGCCGCCAAAAAGCCAAUUCUCUAUUAAUAAAAUUUUUAUUGAUAUUAAUAUGAGCUAAUAUUGAUAUUACUAAAAGUAACAUUAAUACAUUAAUAUCGAUAAAGGCCAGUUCUCUGUUAAUGCCUGAUAAUCACAUACCGUAGCACGUAAAAAUGUAAUAUGAAAUUCACGAUUGUUCGGAGAAUCGUUUCAGCAUCUAUUCGACUUUUGUACUGCGCGGAACGUUGCAUGUACUCAAGUAACAUUGCUGUGUACCAUCGGUGCAUUUAUGAUUAGCUUGUAAGACAACGGAUAACCGUUUAUAGUCGCGCGUGUAUCCUUACCAAACGCGGUGCCGUUCGUGUAAUUGAAGUAUGGCCCUUAAUUAGAACCCUUAACGGUGCAGCUUGUCGAAGGUAGCGUUUAGGAACUGCCGCUUUGGAUUGAUCAGCAGGAGACCUGUAUUUUAUUAGUACAACACUCACUAACCCAUGUGCUAUUCCCCUGUCUUUCACGCUCUUCUAUCUUGUUCUGUGUUUUCCUUUUUCAGCUGAAACAGCGUCAGUUAGCGCUUUCUUGUAAUUUCGUCCGCCUAUCACGAGACGUGCGUAGGCACGACCGUGAAAGAAGUUAGUCGGGACUGAUUUCGUGAAUGGUCACCAUUAACGGUUUAGGACUAUAAGUAUCCUUCAUAUGUAUAUGUGAUAUACGAUUUUUUUUCGCAUUCUAUGAUAUAAUAUACAUGUAUAAGAAAAUUCUUCCUGAAUCUUUUUGUAAAAUAUUUACAUAACUAUAGAUCUCAUCUUUAGCAUCUGUUAGUUUUCUGUUUUUUCUUUGAACAUUUAAAUAAUUAAAAAAUUUCGCUUUUUCCGUUCGUUUGUUCGCUUCAGUCAGAAGCAAAGUACGUGUGGACGUAUAACAAAUACAUAGUUAUGUAAAUACAUUUGGGUCAUGAUAGCAAUUGCGAGCUAGUGUAAGGCAAUUUUAUAUAUAACAUUAUCCGCUUUUUCUCGAAGCACUUGAUUUAUUUGAGACAAGAUGCUGCGGAAACGCUAUUGCAUACACGUGACCGCUGUUACAUAUGUAUGGCAAGAAAUAUGAUUAAAAAGUCUUUCCUUCAUUCAAUGGCGCUUGAAACACGUAAAGUUUUAAUGUAUACUUAAGUUACACUCGUAUCUUUAUCUAUGUGUCUGUACUGAUACGCCAAAUUUCCCAAAUUUCCUUUAUCCCUGUCCACUACGAAUCACUCUGCGUGAUAAUUAAGAUUUCUUCUUCUUUUUCUUCUCUCGAGAGGAGAUAAUGUAUUCGUGAAGAACAAUGUGUACGCAAUGAAAGUAAAUAAAACAAAGAGUUAUGU